AUGCUAGUACCAUUAAACUCCCAGUCUCGAUCUGACCAACAACUCUCUUGUAGCUCACCUCUAGCAACAGCUGAGCUGGUGCGAUUCGUUAUCGCCGCCGCUGCUCUCUCUGCAAACAUGACGUGGAUUACUGCGCGUGCUGCCCUCUCAGCAGCCCUGCUGGUAACUUUCGUCGCGCUUCUCGCUCCUCCCCGCCCAUUCGCCGCCGCGCAAUCCGCGUUUCUUAUAGCGAAAGCGAAGACGCUGCGCGCCGUUGCGGACCAAAUGGCGGCGAACCUGACAGCGGCGCAAGCGGACGCCGCGAGAUGCGCGGACGAAGUAGCCAACGCCACGCAAGCGCUGUCCGAUCUGCUGGCCCCGGACACGGCACUCAGCGACCGCAUUUCAAGCAUCUCCGAUAUGAAUAUAAGCCUCGCCAAUGCACAGAACGACCUCAAUAUCGCGAAUAAGGUCCUCGCUCAACGAAUCGCGGAUCUCAAGGCGUAUAAUGACGACCCGUCGAAGUUCCCGCAAAUUCCGGCGGCGCAGAAGGCGGUGGACGAAGCGACGCGGCGCGCGAACACGACAUCCGCGCUGAUAGCGAGGUGGCAGGACAUCAUGCAGGAUGCUUUGCAGGCCGAGGCCGAGGCGCAAAAAUCGGUCGCGAAUAACCCGUCUUCGGCGGCGGCACAGGUGACGCUCGCGGACGCGCAGGAGUCGCUGAAAUAUGUGGUGGACGUAUACGCGGAUAUCGUGGCGCAAGAUCAGCGCGCGCAGGCGCGGCUGGCGCGCGUGAAGAAGGAAUUGAGCGAUCUUCAGCAGAACCCGCCUGUGGUCGAUGUGAACGUUUUUCCGAAGGCCGUGGAUGACGCACGAGCCGCGGUUUCCGUCGCCCGCCAGGUGUACGACAGCAUGCUUGCGGCUAUUACUGACGCGCAGAAUGCGGUGAAUCAGUACAAGGCGGCGAAGGCGAAGGCGAUCGCUGAUGCGAAGACGCGUUUGGCGAAGGCGAAGCAGAGCCAGGCUGUCGCAGACAAGAAGGUGAUUCAGCUCACGGAUAAGCUCAAGGUCGCGCAGGCGCAAGCUGACAGUGCCGAAAAGGCUGCCGGAAUCAGCAAACCUGCUGUUGGGAUGAGCAAGACUGGUGGGCGCAGGAAGAAACACUAA